AUGAUUCGUAUUAUUUUCAUCUUGUCAACUCUUGCUUUAGUAAUCACAAUUUUUUUUGCCAAAUUAAGUAAUGACGAUGGUUCCAAAACAAAAGACAUAUCACUUGAAUCUCCGGGAAUCAAAAAUCCUUAUAACGAUAAUGAUGAAUUAUCAUCAAAUAUUAAACCAGAAUUACAAGAAAUUCCAAAAUAUAUAAUUGGAUUUGAACGAUUUCAAGAGGAAUUUGACGGAAUACUUACGAUUCCAGAAUUUCCAAAAAAUAAGCAACGUUACAAAAUUGUUAUCUUACCGAGAGACAAUAAAGGCAGUUGGUUGAUUUAUAAAAAUAAUUUAUACUUAGAUUCUAAGGAGACUUCUUAUCAAAUUAGAAUGUACGAUAUUAGAGUAUUUCCGGGGUUAAAAACAAUGGUGAAAGAUUUUGUUAGAAGGUGGUGGUAUGGGAAAGAAGAUUACCAAAUUAUUUUUUGA